AUGUCACGAAUGCUCCAUCGGCCCCGCCGGCCUGAUGCCCCAAGGGCGUCUGCCCGGCCUCGCGCCGCCGACGAUGAUGCUCCCCUUGAGCUCCCGGCUUACGAACCGCCGACGUACCCCAUGGACGAGACGAGCAAGCAGAAAUUGACCGCCCUCUACGAAAACCGGGCAACUGACACGGCCCGGCGCACAUAUGAGGAGCAGCUCAGCGUGUCGACUACACACUUGUUCAAAACCAUCGGAAGCAUCAACGACGUCAUAUUUGCCAAGAAGCGGACGCUUCGCAACAUGGCGCAGAAGCGGCGCGCCCGGGGUGAUGAAGGGGCUGGCCAGGAAAAGGACGAGCAAGAGUUGUCGCUGGAGGAGUAUGUUGCCGGGCUGGAUGCCAGAAUCACCGCGUUGACAGAGUCGCUUGAGGAAGCACAGCGCUGGGUCAUCGAUAGUCGCGCGGAGUUGGAUGAUCAACAGCCCGUGCUAGAGAGCGUGGUCGCGGGGUUGAAUGCUCAGCAGCCACGCCCGGAACCUGGGCCGCCAAAAAGGAGGAAAAAGGGACCGAAACGCGAGGCGGCCGGUAGCGACGCUGAAGAUGGUGAUGCGCCUGCUGACGAGGAGGGAGAGGUGGAAGAUAUGGAAGAAGAUGCCGAUGAGGCCGAGGCGGCCGAGGAUGUCCCUCCGUUGAUCGGGGUAAAAGAGCUGCUCCAUACCGCCCGCAAAGCGAAGCAGGACGAGUACGAUGCGCUCAGCGCGUAUGAAAAGUAUGCACGGCACAACGAUUACAUCUCGUUCAAGAAGAACUGGCAUGACGCGUUGCACCACGAGGACCAGGCCCCUCUUCCUGACGCCACGACCUGGUUCGACCGACAUGGCCGGCCAACUAUGGGUACAGUGGCUGACCAAGACGAUGAUGACCUUGUCGUGGAGCGCGAGAUCAUCGACCUCAAAUGCCCGCUAUCGCUGCAAACCAUGAAACAGCCCUACAGCAACCACCAGUGCAAGCACACGUUCGAGAAGAUGGCAAUCAUGGAAUUUAUUCAAAGUAGCGGUGGUGUAGCGAAAUGCCCCGUUUGCUCUCAGCAUCUUCGCAUCAAGGACCUAUACCUCGACGAAGUCAUUCUCGAAAAAGCCAGGCGGGCAGCGGCCGCGGCCGCCCUGCAGCAAACCGCCGACACGUCCGAUAUUGAGCCCGACGACGAAGCCCACGAUGCUAGCAUGGUUGUUGGGCAGUCUGUCAGCAUCAAGAAGGAGAAGGGCCGAUCAUCCCGCCGCCACUUGGAAGAUAUUGAAGCCGAUGACGAUAGUGACUGCUAA